GCUUUGGCGCCGUCUGGGGAGCGCGAGCCCGCGGGUGGCGCGCAGCGCAUGGUGGCAGCGCCUCUCGGAGCGCAGCCGACCCGCUGACCCGGGCUCGGUUCCCCCUGCCUGGCGCGCCCAGGCGCCCGGCUGGAGGAAGAAACAGCAGCAGCACUAAUAGCAGCAGCGGCGGCAGCUGCUUUGCCGCCGCGGUCUCCGCGGGAGCAUGGAGUGCGCCCUGGACGCCCAGAGCCUGAUCAGCAUCUCCCUGCGCAAGAUCCACAGCUCCCGGACCCAGCGCGGCGGCAUCAAGCUGCACAAGAACCUCCUGGUGUCCUACGUGCUCCGCAACGCUCGCCAGCUCUACCUGAGCGAGCGCUACGCCGAGCUCUACCGGCGCCAGCAGCAGCAGCAGCAACAGCAGCAGCCUCCCCACCACCAACACCAGCACCUAGGGUACGCGGCUCCGGGCAUGCCGGCCAGCGCUGCUGACUUCGGCCCGCUCCAACUUGGCGGCGGCGGGGACGCGGAGGCGCGCGAACCGGCCGCCCGGCACCAGCUGCACCAGCUCCACCAGCUCCACCAGCUGCACCUCCAGCAGCAGCUGCACCAGCACCAGCACCCAGCGCCCAGGGCGGCCGCCGCCGCCGCCUCUCCGCCCGCCUCCCCGGCCCCCGCCUCCUCCCCCGGCUUCUACCGGAACGCGUACCCGGCCCCCUCGGACUUCGGCGUGCACUGCAGCAGCCAGACCACCGUGCUGGACCUGGACACUCACGUGGUGACUACGGUGGAGAACGGCUACUUGCACCAGGACUGCUGCGCCUCCGCCCACUGCCCCUGUUGUGGCCAAGGCGCUCCGGGACCGGGCCUGGCGUCCACCACUGGCUGCAAGCGCAAAUAUUACCCUGGCCAGGAGGAGGAGGAUGAAGACGAGGAGGACGCAGGCGACCUGGGGGCUGAACCCCCCGGGGCCGCCCCGUUUGCCCCCUGCAAGCGCGCCCGUUUCGAGGACUUCUGCCCAGACUCGUCCCCGGACGCGUCCAACAUCUCAAACUUGAUCUCCAUCUUUGGCUCGGGGUUCUCCGGGCUGGUGAGCCGACAGCCGGACUCCUCGGAACAGCCACCGCCGCUCAACGGGCAGCUGUGCGCCAAGCAGGCGCUCGCCAGCCUCGGCGCCUGGACUCGAGCCAUUGUCGCCUUCUAGGGACCCCCGAGGGCACAAGGACCCGGGGCCCCGCGGGGCUGGGGCCAGACAAAGACUUGGCCAAGGGGCUAGAGGAGGGAGCUAGCGGGCGCCAGGCCACUCGGGGCUGAGCUAGGGGCAAACAGAGGGAGGCUGAUGUUUUAUAAAUUGUAAAAUAAAAAAAGAAAUCUAAAAUCUUGGACUUUAUUUUUGCAGAGAGAAAAAGCGCCUAUUUAAGUAUGCUUUGUGUUUCUCCUACUCUUUUUUUUUUUCUUUUUAUUGUAGUGAUUGCAGUGGUGUUUAGCGAGGAGACUGCCACGUGAGGGAGGGCUGCUGCCCAGAGGAGGUGCCGGGCAGCCGGGGGCGAGGCAGGGCGCCCGGGCCGCCGGGGCGCGCCGGGGGCGCAGCGCUGGAGGGCGCAGGGCCCGGGACGCAGAUUCCAAUCAGUUGUCAGACCCGGGAAGCUCGACGUUCCGCUCUCUCGAGUCCCUCCGUGGGGUGAGGAAUGGGUCUUGUGAAAUCCUGAGCAAAAACAAAGGCAAACUCUAUCUCCGAAAGGGACGUUUGGGUCACAUUUCCUCUCUGGGGGCGGACUCCAAAGUUCUCAAAAUGAGAAGGCAGAAAUGAAAACACUUCAACUUUUUUUUUUUUUCUUCCCGGGGCGGGUGUCUUGAACCCCUCUUCUCUCCGCCCCUUUGACUCCGUUCUCCCCUCCUCCAUCCGUCUCCCGGACUCGCGGGUCGCGCCUGACACCCCGACACUCUUCGGACACUGUUUGGGGAAAGGGUGGGGGGCGGGCACGACGGACUACAUUUCCCAUCAUGCCCAGCACUGCGGUCCUCACUAAACAAAAAAGGAAGUCGAUUCCUUCACCUGGAUCCCCGGAGGCCCCCGGGGAGGGAGGGGCCGGGACCGCCGACUGCGUUGGAGACUUUUCACUAAGUUCCUGGUCAGCUGUGGUGUUUGUGUGUGCUUCUAAAUUGCACUGCCCUCAUCCAGCCUUUGGUUGCAUUUCAUGAAACCAGCAUUGUUCGAGCCUGUGAGAACCCCGUCUGUGUCUUCAGCUCUAUAGAUUUUGUUUAAUUUAAAAGCCUUUUGUUGUAAAAAGGUGGGGUUUGUCUGCAGCCCCUCUGGUUCUCUGCCAUCAGCACCAUGUGGACUCCAAAACAAGUUGCCAACCUUCCCUUUUCGGCCCUUCUUCCUCAUUUCCCCUGUAUUUUUGUGCAUACUGAAUUGUAUAUCACCGGGUAAAACUGUUCAGAUUAUUUGUUUAAAUUUAUAAUCUUAAUAAAAAGUCGAUUA